AUGGGCUCCUCACAGUCUGUCAUUAUGGCCUUACAGUCGGUGCUGAAGCAAAGAGAUAUUAAGAUCGCUCAUCGGACACUGAAAAAUUUUGUUAAGGAAAUAGAUCGGGUAGCUCCUUGGUCCCACACCUGUAAUAAGAAAAAAGGGAAUACUAGUACUAAUGUCUACCCUUUACGGGAACUUGAGGCUUUAAAUAUUGAUAGUUUUACUAGUAGUUCUGAUAAAUUUGAAAGCUCAGAAGAUGAAGGUUUAGACCUGGAGGAAGAAGCCGCCUUAGAGGAGGAAGCGGCUAGGUACAAGGAGGAGAGAUAUCAUCCUGAUGAUUAUCCCCUGAGUAACAAAGAGGUCAAAAAAUGGCAGCCCUAUGUGGCCCCCUCGCCGGUGGCCCCUUCGGUGCCCCCUCCUUAUGAGGUGCGUCCGAAGGCCUUCUCUUUCCUCCCAGAAAAGGUAAAGAGAAAGCUACGCCUUGCCUACCCUGUCUUAGAAGGAGCAGAGGGAGGACGGGUGCACGCACCUGUAGAGUACAAUCAGAUAAAAGAAUUGGCAGAGUCAGUCCGAAAAUAUGGAGGAACAGCUAAUUUCACUCUAGCUCAAUUGGAUAGGCUGGCUAUGACUGCCAUGACCCCAGCUGACUGGCAGACGGUUACAAAGGCAUCACUUGUCAGCAUGGGCCAAUAUUUGGAAUGGAAAGCCCUUUGGCAUGAGGCAGCUCAGGAGCAGGCCAGGGCUAAUGCUAUGACCUUGACUCCAGAACAGCAACAAUGGACCUUCGAUCUCUUGACUGGCCAAGGGCGGUUUGCCGCCAAUCAAACAGAUUAUCAUUGGGGUGCAUAUCGGCAAAUUGUUGAUACAGCCAUUAGGGCAUGGAAAGCACUUUCCAGAAAAGGAGAAGUAAAUAACCAACUCACUAAGAUUAUUCAAGGAACCCAGGAGCCUUUUACAGAUUUUGUGGCACGAAUGACAGAGGCGGCAGGGCACAUUUUUGGCGACCCUGAAACAGCCGCGCCUCUUAUUGAGCAACUUAUUUUUGAGCAGGCCACCCAAGAAUGUCAUGCAGCUAUAGCCCCUAGAAAAAAUAAAGGGCUACAAGAUUGGCUUAGAGUUUGUAGGGAACUUGGAGGACCUCUUAGCAAUGCAGGACUGGCCGCUGCUAUUUUACAAUCUCAGAGGCGCCCCUUUAAGGGGCCUGGUAAAAGAGUCUGUUUUAAAUGUGGAAAGCCGGGACACCUAAAAAAGGACUGCAAGUCAACAGAGAGGGCUCCCCCUACUCUUUGUUCUCAUUGUGGCAAAGACUACCACAAGGCUGAGCUAUGUCACUCGGUGAGAGAUAUGAAGGGCAGAAUCCUCCCCCAACUAGAGACAUCUGAUAAUGAAAAUGGAGCCUGA